AUGGAUGCAUCGCUGGUUGCCUUCGUGCCGGUUCCAAUAGAGUUGAAAGGCCAUGUCAUUGGUAAGCAUCGAGUCGUGCUUAAUGAAAUGAUUGAGCUUUCUGGAACCACAAUUGAUCCCGGGAGCAGAGAUCAACCAGGGUUUACUAUAACUGGAAACGAAGAGGGAAUAGAGAUGGCCAAACAGCUUAUAUCUGAAAAACUGGUCAGUUCAAGACACGUUAUUGUGUUAAGAUUAACAUUACUUCAUAUUGUGUCCUUCGUGAAUUUUCACUUAUGUUCAGAAAUGUACACAGUAGGAAAAAUGUCAGAUUUAAGGAAAUUUCGUCAAAUCGAGUUCAUUGACUCGACGAUUUUUAUGAAUUUCAGUCAAAUUCGUGAAAGCGAAAUCAGCUUGGCGGAUUUCACGAUUUUGACGAAUUUUCACCAUUCUUCGUAACUGCAUGCAUUUCUGGACAUAUCUCAGAAUUUUGACGUUGACAGCUCUUUUAAAGGCAGCUGACCAGAGCAAAACUACCUCCGUAAAUUUCAUUUUUGCAGGAGGAGCUGAAAGAUAAUUGGGACGAGCUGAUUGAAAUUCCAGAUAGACACAAAGGCAGGGUCAUUGGGAAAUGGAAAACUAAGUUACGCGAGCUAGAAACCGAAACAGGAGUAAGACUUUUUGUCAAGGAACGAGAGGUAUAUAUAGUCCGUGGAACAGAACAACAACGGCGACGUGCAAAAAUUAGCAUUGGAAAAAUUGUGGUAUGAACUAAUUUAUUCCUUGAUAAUCAUUCACAAAGCGAGACCGCUGUAGGAGCGUGAUUUAGGAUAGUCUUGCUGAACUCCGGAGAGUAGCAGCCUAAGAAUGAAAAGAGAAAAAAACGAUGGCAUUUAUCAAGUGUGGUAAACAGGAGCCGCUUAUUGCAAACUGAGUAGUAAACCCUAGAACUCGUGCCCUUUUUUCGAAGAAAAAAAAUGUGUUUUCUGUAUGGUAACCACUUAGAGCUAACUCGAUAAUUCGCCAAGAUACGUGAUGUUUAAAAUCCUGCUUCUGGUUAAAUGUAUCGUGUUUUCUUUUCCCUGCGUCAUGUCUUAGUAUGCCCUUGAAAUGGUUUCUUCGGCCUUUUGUUUGUUUUAUGGGCCAGUAACUGUUGAAGACAAACCUCUUGGAGUUCAAAAUUUUUAAAUGAAACAUAACAGAACUGUGAAUUAUCGAGAAAAAUAAAAACAGUCAAAAAAUUCUUAAAAUUUAGGGAAAAACUCAGACUUUCAGCUUUCUGUAAAUUUAUUCAAUCCUUGAGGAUGUCAGGGUGGGUAAGGUGAGAAAGCGAUCAAUUUUAGGGCGUGAACGAUUCAAGCAUAUGUUUUAAUGUUUGUCAGCUGUUCAAAUUAAUUAAGUAUCAAAAGUUCAAUUAUCAAGGUGUUAAAUUUCCACAAAAAGCGUUUAUCGCCGUUAGUCUCUGCCCUUUAUCAGAAGGAGAGAAUACACGCAGAGCACGGUGAAAAAUUUUGGCUGACCAAUUCCGGUUUUAAUCAAUCCUCAGCGAAAAGUGAUCUAAAGUUCGGACUGUGACUGAGGUUUCUUUAUUUUCAUUGUAAACUAAUUGAUUUAUCACAAGCUGAAUACUCGUGUCGGGUUUAAGCCAAUAACUGUGCUUGCAAUGUGCUGGUUAAAAACCUACUUUGUGAUUGCAUUUUACCUUUUUCUGAGCACUGGUAACGAUGCCUUUAAACCACCAGGCUGAAGCAAGAAUGAAGGAUUUUGAAAACGAACUUUAUAAAGUUUGCUCCUAUGUCGAUGGCUGUCAUCUUCCUGUGAACUGUAAACUCAAGCUUGAGGAGACACCAGAAGAGGAUCACACCUAUUAUCGGCUGAAGCCAGCUGAGCACUUUGAAAGGGAGGUAUGUUUCAUGUCAAACUUCCGCAGGGAAAAACUAUGCACGUGUUUGAACACGUUAAACCCGUAUUGAACUAGAAAUGGACGGAGGAAUACUGUGAUAGCUGACCUUUUCUGUGAUUUAUGCUCGGCGUUUUGAAUUCCAUGCUUAUACAGACUACGAAUUUCAAACCAUGAGAUCCGUGCUAUCAAUACCCAAUUGUCAUCCCAGGUCUCUUUUUCCGCCCCUUUGACAAAUUUCAAAAAUCGUACGCUGUAUCAAUUUCAUUAUUUUAUCGCGAAUUUACACUCUUUACUCCAAACGCAAAUUUAAAUCUCGGCAGGAUUCCUACAAUAACUGGAACGACACCGUGUAUCAAUCAAAUCUUGGGGAUGAAGUUUUGAUCUCUCUAAGGAAGAUUAUAAAUAACGUGGAAACAGCUGAGAAUCCGAAGGUCGACAUGUGGUGCCAUUUAGGAACCUCCCUUAUUAGAGCACCUGGUGAAGGUAGUGUUCAUUUCUCUCUUUCAUUGAUGAAUAUCAAAAAUCCAUCCUGUUUAAAAGUUGUUUUUUUUCUGCUAUGUUGUCUCUUCCUUGUCGUCCUUCUCGCCGUUUCUCCUUCGCGUUCUCUGUGAUGUUCUCUCUUUUUUGUUUCCCGUGUGCACUUUGCAUUUCCUUACUGAUAACACAGACCUGGCUGACUUGUCACACCUCGCGAGACUUACAAAGUGGUUUAUUUAUCAACACAUUUAAAAUUUAAGUGUCCUUUUUGAUAUCGUAGAAGACGUUCUCCAACAAACGUGGAGUAUCGAGGAGAUAACAGAAAAGUUUCAGAAGCCCGAUGAAGGGGAAAGUUUUUGGAAAGUUUCUUUUACCCAGCGAGACGACAUUCCAGAGGAUAUCUUUAAAAGAAAUGGCUACGUAGAGAUCACUGAAGACGACGAAUAUAUCUCCAGAUAUGACCUGACAUAUCUGACACCCUGCUUUCAUAAACUUAGGUGUAAGGUAAGUUACAGAGAUCUUUUGUCUCUUUUCUUCCUGGGCAGACAACGAACGUGUGUAAUGCGUAAUAGAACUCCUAAGUUCUUUUGUUAUAUUUUUACACUAAACUCAAUUAAUUUGCUUUGCCCUUUGACGGCUUGUCACUAGAUGGCCCAUUUAUUGACUAAGCGAAUGAAGACUUUCCACACCGAUCAUGCUUGUGCGAAGGGAGAGAUUCAUUUGAACACGAAGUAGUUGACGCAUUUUUCAAUGUCACCAGCACGUUUACUGAAUUUCUUAGGGGCACUGCAUUCUUUUGUGUUUGUUUGUUUUUUUUUUUUUAUAUUUGAUAUAGUUUACGGCGGGAAAGCGUACAUUAAUACUCAAUAUCCAAAAGUAUGUGAUAGCCGUCCAAACUUCACAAUCAAUACAGUCACUAGGGUAAUUUAGUAUUAUCAACUGAGAUGAUAACGAAAUUGACCACCGUAUAUAGCUGACGUUUCGAGCGUUAGCCCCUCGUCAGAGCGACAUUCACUCUGACUUCGUCAUCUCAACGACCCAAACCGCAAAAUCAUGUCUGAGAGACUGAUUAGGUUGUUUGCUAUACGGCAUGCUGCUUAUAAGUGACUGGCUGACUUAAUGACCAACUGGCUGACUGACAGUUUAAUUUACUGACUCACCGACUGAUCAAGGCUGGCUGAUGGAAUAACCGACCGACCGACCGACCGACUAACUAACGCACUGACUGACUCUCUCACUGACUGCCAGACUGACAGGUGGAAGGACUGACCGAAAUGACUAAUGAAAAAACGACCGGACAAAGAACCAGAUAGAAGGACAGACUGGGACACAGUUUCUCUCUGUUUCCACGUCGGUUUUCUCUCUCCCAAACUUUAGGUGGGCCAAAAAUUGAAUCAUAAAUCUACACCCCAUUACAUACUGUGCUUUUUCCCCUUUAUUAAUGUGACAGGUGUGGGUGGCAAAGAGUAACAUAAAGAAAAGGCUGGAAGAUAUACCAAUCCCUUUCAGUGACGUUAAAAAUGUACUGGAGGAGAUUUAUUUCGAAGAUGAUUUGACACGAGCACGCUGUCGUGGAUGGCUCGUACUUAAAUCUCGAAGGCAUUUGCAGAGCGACAUUCUGUUUCCUGGCUGCGAGCUAGACUGCAGGUUCACUAUGCGUGAGCGAAGAGGCAAGACUAACAAUUUGUGUUUAGUUGUGAUCGUUAUAGUCAUAUGUAAUCAUCAAUCAUUUAUUUGUUCAUUCAUUCAUUAAUUCCUCUAUCCAUCCUUCGAUCCGCCUGUUUGUCCUUCCAUUCAUCCCAACAACCAUUCAUUCAUCCUUUUUCAUUCAUCCUUGCCCUGAUUAGCUUUCGAAGGCUCUUUCCUACGGCACAAUGGCAUUGUUUUAUACAGAAAAGAACAACUGCAUUUAUGCAACUUCGAUAGGGUCGUGGGACGUGGUUUCCAAACCGGAAGCAAGACAGAAUUAAUGAUUUUUUUCUCUGGUUUUGAAUCAUUGUCUAUCAUAACGUGAAUUUUCCAUUCCUCUGGUGAUAGAUCUCUUAAACUUCCAUCCACGCAAUAGAGACCGGCUGGUGACAGAAAAUCAGCCAAGAAAACUCAAUAUAUUUUAAACAUACUGAGAUUUACACGCUGAAAGAAGGCCGAGUAAAUUUUCUUCUCUGAGUAAGUUUGCGUCAUUUACUGCAUAACAUCUUCCUCCACUUAAAUCACCUGAUCUAAGAUUUACCAUCUUCAUUUACACCACAAUCAAACUUAAGCAUCCUAUAUUCAUAUUCCUAUGUCCUUGAUAGGCAAGCACUUCUGUUUCCCAGAGGCUUUCAUUCUUCUUUUAACCAAUUACGUCCUUCAUUCAUCGAUACAACAUUCAUCCAUCAAUCUUUUAACAAUGUAUUCGUCCUUCCCAUUUUACUGUCACCGUUACCAAGUAGACUUUUGAUGCGAUUAAACAUCGCACCUUCAUAAAGACUAGUUGUUAUAUCUAAUACAUGUGAAAAUGACAAUUUUUUAUUUUCAGCGUCUAAACAAUCCGAAACUUGUCUCACUUCCAUCACGCACCACGUCCUGGUCAGAUGUCAAUACGCAACAACGCUGCUCAGCAAUAACUCAAAACAGAAAAAAACCGAAAAGGGCCACGUGUGUGUUUAAUUUAUAACGAAUUGCUUUGGAAUGAAGUUCGCUCUGAAUCCUUCCCAUCUCACGAUGAUACAGCUCUAUGAUUUUUGCAUGAUAAAUUGUUUAUUUUCUACCUCUAAAAAUAUUGCACAAAAGUAAAUACUGUGAAACAUUUAUCUUCCCAUAGAUUAUGCUGUUGAAAGAGGAGACGUUCCGAAAAUCGAAGUGAGACGCACUUUGUCCACAUACCUUUCUCGAUUAACUUGGACUGAUGAAGAUGCCUUCGGAUUACGUCUUCCAGAUCACAAUUUUCCUGAGGGAUUUCACUUACUCCAUAAGCGUUGCUGUAAGCGAAAAAUGUACAGUACGCGUCCAGGAUUCUCUGCCAUAAUUUCGCAGGAGAACUCAUGGUGGACUGACCCUUCAGGAAAUGAAACAAACAGAGAAUCGGUAACAUUUAAUUUUUUACUACUUUGAAUCUCAUGAAUUUUACAAAUAAUGGCAUAUUUUCUGAAGAACACACUGUCGAGUCCUAACUCUAUCUUUCUCUGUUUCCAAUGGGUAGACCGACCUCCAUCUACACAGCGAAGAGUGCGACAAACUCCUUAGUAGCUCAGAUUGGCAACCGGAAAUCAUAGUUCAAAAGUUGCCUGCAUUUCUUGAAUUUGUAAAGGAAAUUCAAGGCUAUGUCGUGCGGGAAAUGAAAGAAACUGGAUCAACAAGAACAGGUUAGAAAACACAUGCUGCCUUUUCGUGUAUCUCGUCGACAUGAAAAAGCAUCGGAUUCCAUACCAACUUUAUCCCUUUUAACGCCGGAUUCCUAAAUUGAGCUAUGUCUUCAUACAAAAACAUCACAAAUAUUAAUAGAGAAAAGUCCCAAGCCUGCAUUGCAAUCAGUGCAUAAUCUCAAAGGAGCUGGGUCAGAGAAUUGGUUUAAACUCGUCUUUAUGUCUCAUGAUGAGGUAUCAACCGUCUACCUUAGUUAUUAAAGGCAUCACGGCGAAAAUAGUGCCAAUGAGACCUAGAAGAAGCCCACAAAUAAUUCGGGAGAUUGCAGUACCUUUUCUUUCAAAUAGGACCUUAUUCUGGGUAGCCAUUGUUCUCGUAGCGAAUAUUCUGAUUUUUGUAUUAAGAAGUAUCGUAUAUCAACAUACAUAGCAUAAAAUGGCAAUCGACUUCUUUUUCCUCACGAAAAACUUUAGUUAGAACCAUCGGACUUAAUAUUCUGCUUUGACUCUGAGCGUGACACCAUUUCUCUUGACUUCUUAUAAAGAAGUGUUCUUUCUAUUAAUUCUAGCUUUUUCAUCAUACAUUCAUCAUUUAUUUAUUUAUAUAUUAUGGUUGUUAUUACGAAAUUUUUUCAUUGGAUCUAAUCUACAUGAUGAUGUUCUGUUGCCUUCGAAAAUGCAGUUCCUCCGGAGAUCCUUGCAAGGGGCCCUUCAGCCUUAAAAGCCUACUAUGACGCAUUGGACGAAGGAAAAAUCUGUGACAGGAGAGUACCAUUGAUGUUGGUUGGACAAGACCGAUCUGGAAAGACUAGCUUGAAGAAAUCGCUAAAGGGAAUGUGUUUCGACCCAGAAGAGGAGAGCACAGUGGGCAUCGACUUAGAUCGUUACCAUUUUCAAGUGACAACAGAAAUGUGGACGACAGGGAAAAAGAAUGAAGAAGGAGACGUUGAUGAAGAAGCUAUUUCAUUUGAAGAAAACGUAGCACGGUUGGCUGCUAAUACGUUGAAGAAGACAAAAACUGUCUCUGAGUUUAGAAGCGAACACAUUGCUGAUGAAGGAGACUAUGAUCUUGAAGAAACUGAUGAUCUCUUGGAGGUAAUCCCCAGUGACAAAACAGUUGGCCCAGAGGAAAUCGAGUCAACAGAGGCUCGUUUAUCCACUGAACAUAGCACGGGUGAAAUUCUCAAAGCGGUAGGAGAGGCUCCUGACCAGAAACCAGAAGAAAAUUUACCUUAUCUCACUCCAGAACAAGAAUCAGAAUUUCAAGAAAUUGCUUCAAGAAUUGAACGCAAACUUAAACUCGAGGAAAAAGAAGAUGAAGAUAUCUACUCAAUUCUGUGGGAUUUUGCCGGACAGUCCGUUUAUUAUGUGACACAUCCCCUCUUUCUCACUGCAAGAGCAAUUUACUUUCUUGUUUAUGACCUCAGCCAAAAUCCAGACGAAAAGGCUAAGCCUCUCGUGAAGCAGGGAGUGUGUACAACAAAAGUCCCAAGACAGUUUCAACCUGAAAACUAA